GUCUUGCCCGUGGCUGCUUCCUCCAUCCUGGUAUUUUUUGGAGCCUCCAUCCUGGUUCUUCCAAAGUGCCCGGACCCAAAACAGGAAUUGAUAGGCUCACCCCAAAAUAUGCUUUUUGGGACUGAUCUAGAACCAGCAUAUUCUCCGUGAAUCUCUUUAAUUGAUUGCAGUUGAGCUAGAUGGUGGAGCCAAAAUGCUAUUGCCCUGUCUUCAUCAACAGUUAAUCAAGUGUUGCAGAGGUAGGAACAUGGGGGAGAAACAAUUUGGAUAACAUGAAAGUGAUGCUGGUGGCUAAGGGAAGGCAUCUGGAUUCUGUGGGAAGGGCUAUAGCUGAUCCAUCUGUUUUCUAGAUUUGAGUAUGAGCACAGUUGAAGAGGAUUCUGACACAGUAACAGUAGAAACUGUGGACUCUGUGACUUUGACUCGGGACACAGACGGGAACCUCAUUCUUCAUUGUCCUCAUAAUGAAGCUGAUGAAAUAGACUCAGAAGAUAGUACUGAACCUCCACAUAAAAGGCUUUGCCUGUCUUCUGAAGAUGAUCAAAGUAUUGAUGAUUCCACUCCUUGCAUAUCCGUUGUUGCACUUCCACUUUCAGAAAAUGAUCAGAGCUUUGAGGUGACCAUGACUGCAACCACAGAGGUGGCAGAUGAUGAGAUUACUGAGGGGACUGUGACACAGAUCCAGAUUCUACAAAAUGAGCAACUAGAUGAAAUAUCUCCCUUGGGUAAUGAGGAGGUUUCAGCAGUUAGCCAAGCAUGGUUUACAACUAAAGAAGAUAAGGAUUCUCUAACUAACAAAGGACAUAAAUGGAAGCAGGGGAUGUGGUCCAAGGAAGAAAUUGAUAUUUUGAUGAACAAUAUUGAACGCUAUUUGAAGGCACGCGGAAUAAAAGAUGCUACAGAAAUCAUCUUUGAGAUGUCAAAAGACGAAAGAAAAGAUUUCUACAGGACUAUAGCAUGGGGUCUGAACCGGCCUUUGUUUGCAGUUUAUAGAAGAGUGCUUCGCAUGUACGAUGACAGAAACCAUGUGGGAAAAUAUACACCUGAAGAAAUUGAAAAGCUCAAGGAGCUCCGGAUAAAGCAUGGCAAUGACUGGGCAACAAUAGGGGCGGCGCUAGGAAGGAGUGCCUCUUCCGUCAAAGAUCGGUGCCGACUGAUGAAGGACACUUGCAACACAGGGAAGUGGACAGAAGAAGAAGAAAAGAGACUUGCAGAGGUGGUGCAUGAAUUGACAAGCACUGAGCCAGGUGACAUAGUCACACAGGGUGUGUCUUGGGCAGCUGUGGCAGAACGAGUGGGUACUCGCUCAGAAAAGCAGUGUCGUUCUAAAUGGCUCAACUACCUGAACUGGAAGCAGAGCGGAGGUACCGAAUGGACCAAGGAAGAUGAAAUCAAUCUCAUCCUCAGGAUAGCAGAGCUUGAUGUAGCUGAUGAAAAUGACAUAAACUGGGAUCUGUUAGCAGAGGGAUGGAGCAGUGUCCGUUCACCACAGUGGCUUCGAAGUAAAUGGUGGACCAUCAAAAGGCAAAUCGCAAACCAUAAGGAUGUUUCGUUCCCUGCUUCAGCAGACUCCGCUGCUGCUACUGUUGACUCGGAAACAAUAACACUAAACAGUGGAACACUACAGACAUUUGAGAUUCUUCCAUCUUUCCAUUUACAGCCCACUGGCACUCCAGGCACCUACCUGCUUCAGACAAGCUCAAGCCAAGGCCUUCCCCUCACUCUGACUGCUAGUCCCACAGUCACCCUGGCAGCUGCUGCUCCUGCUUCUCCUGAACAGAUCAUUGUUCAUGCUUUAUCUCCAGAACAUUUGUUGAACACAAGUGACGUCACAGUGCAGUGUCACGCACCAAGAGUCAUCAUUCAGACAGUUGCCACAGAGGACAUCGCCUCUUCCAUAUCCCAAGCAGAACUGACAGUGGAUAGUGAUAUUCACUCAUCUGAUUUUCCUGAGCCUCCAGAUGCCCUAGAAGCAGACACUUUCCCAGAUGAAAUUCAUCAGCCUAAGAUUACAGUAGAGCCGUCAUUUAAUGAUGCUCAUAUAUCCAAAUUCAGUGACCAAAAUAGCACAGAACUGAUGAAUAGUAUUAUGGUCAGAACAGAAGAAGAAAUCUCUGACACCCACCUUAAACAAGAGGACGAACCCUCCCCGUUAGCCCGGGCUUAUGUUACUGAAGAUUUAGGGUCACCUACCAUAGAAGAGCAAGUUCAUCAAACAACAAUUGAUGAUGAAACGAUACUUAUUGUUCCUUCACCACAUGGCUUUAUCCAGACAUCUGAUGUUAUAGAUACUGAAUCCGUCUUGCCUUUGACAACACUAACAGAUCCCAUACUCCAGCAUCAUCAAGAAGAAUCAAACAUCAUUGGAUCAUCUCUGGGCAGUCCUGUCUCAGAAGACUCAAAAGAUGUUGAGGAUUUGGUACACUGUCAUUAGGUAAUUCUUAGAAACAAGCCAUUCAGGCAA